UGAAACAUAACCUCAAAGUGACAGUGAUAUCAACAAAAACUAAAAACAUAAUCUUUUUUAUUUAUUUACUUCAUAGUACUCUUAUUUUCUCAUUAAUACUCAGCAAUGGAUGACACUGACGAUGAUUAUUGGAAUACCAGUGAAACUAAAGCUAAAGCGUUCAGUUUUGAUGAUGAUAUCUUAUCACCUCAAGAGAUCCUAGCUAUAGGUCAGCGGUCAUCCUCCAACCAAGAUGAUGGAGUGUUCAGUUCUGCCAACAUCAGCACGGUCAAGACGGCACUGCUUCCGCUUAACACUCUUGUGUCUCCUAAAGUGCUUGAUCUGAUCCUCCUAGCCCAAUCAGGCCGGGACCCUAAGGACUUGAAGCCAGAGUCAGUGCAGCCUGUAGCGGUGACCUUGAAGCGGCUGUCCCUCGGUCGCAGCUGCUCUCUUCAUGGACACCGCAGCUUGAGCAGCAAGACCCAGCUGCUGGACGCUGCUAUAGCAGUUGGGGAUGGCAACAGCAUACUUACUGUGGUCCUGUUCCUAAUACAAACACUGAACCGCAAGCUGGUGUACGAGCUGCUAGCGUCGCGGCCGUCUGCGCUCGCGCACUACAUCAGCUUCCUGAACAGCGAGGGGAAGGUCACUGAACUCACUGACUUGCUAACAAUGCUGGGUCGCAGUCCAGAGGCGGCGAUGUACCAAUUCCAACACCUCAUAAGGUCACAAGGAGACAACGUGGACGGCCUACUGAGGAAGCUGACCAACCUGGUGGCCAACCACUUCAACCAGCCCGGCGUCGACACCAACCAGUGCAAGAUGGCCUCUGACUACUACAAGUUGUUAGAAUGGCAGAAGCUAGCAAACAAGCCGGAACUGUUCAACACAUCAGCUCUCAACUGCCUCGCGUACUGCUGCUCACACCACUGGGCAGAGGGCGCGGGGAAUAUGAUGUCACCUCUUACUAUCUGCCAGAGACAACAGAUAAGUCCAUUACAGUACGACUGGGUGGUGCUCAAUAUUCACGCCAAAGCUGCCAAAUGGGACAUCGUAGAGACACUCUUUACUAAAAAGGACUGGCUCGGCCGGACCACGGUAUCAUCCCACAUACCGAUGGAGAGUCUGCUAUCCCGAAUGAGCGAGCUGCAAGCCAGCAAGAGGUUCCUGGCCACAUGCGUCAACAGGAUCCCAGACACCGACCACCGGCUCAGACUGGCCACCAUGUAUAAGAUACACACAGUGGUGAUAGAAACCUUAGCGAAGCAGAAGGACCGGGCGGCACUCACCAACUAUAAGAUGACCCUGAACCCGCAAUCAGAAGAGUAUAUACUCGCUGAGAACACCCUUAGGGACUCGUCUAUCAAAUGGAAAAACUGAUGCCAAAAGAGAAUACACUUAAUCGUUCAGUACAGAGCCCGGUAUGGAUAGAACGAAAGAAUAUUAAGAAUAUACAAAAUAUUCUGCCAAAGAGUAAAAACACACCCUGGACACUGCAUACAAAAAUCUCUUAGCAACGAGUAAAUGCGACAGAGAUACAGUGCGCGCGCUCUCUUCCUUACUCCUUAGCCGCUUACGGCAAUUUAAGACUAAAGUAAGACUCAGAGGGGGUGAGGAAGGCGCCCGAUACGAAUUGGUACGGGGCGGACAAUUACCGGGGGGGGGGGGGGGUUAGUUAUUAUUCUUUAUUCUCUGGUGAAAUAUACUCAGUAGACCGGAGUGAGAUGGUAGCUGAGUUCGAAUAGGGACAGACCUACGGGGUAUAAAGUAGAACCCUUGCCCACUAUACGGGUGAAGACCUCAACGGUUGCAGAGGCGAAGACGGGAGCCAUCGGCACGGCAAUGCAAGACGGAAGGGGCAAGUCACAGGGACUGUAACCUGGAACCUGACAGAGGGCAGCAGUAACUGUCAGUACAGGAGCCCUAGUCCAUACUAAGCCAUCUUUGUAAUAGACUACUCUGGGCGCCAUCCCACUCGCGUCAGAGUACUGCGGGGUGGAAGGCAAGAGGGAAGCCACUGUCCUAUUUUUCCCUAAAAAAGUAGUAUGGAAAAUGCUGCACCUACAAGAGCGUGGCUCUUAAAUUGAUGAUGAUGAUGAAAUAUACUCAGUAUAAAGUCACUGUGUCACAAAUAAGAAUAUACUUUAUUCUUCUUCCAGUGCCUGUCCAUUACUGGACGUUGGCCGUCAGCUUAGAGAACUCUUCUCUGUCAGAAGCAAGACGAAACAGCUUCUCCAAAGUUGUAACGCCGGCCCAUUAGCGGAUGUUCCGCAGCCAAGAAUUCUUCCUCCUUCCUCGACGUCUUUUCCCUAUACUGUAUUGCACCAACAUAAAGGAAAUAUUUACAAAAAUAAAAUUUUUAACAAAAAAAAAACCGACUUCAAACGCAAAACUAAAAAGCAAUAAAUAAAUUUACUUCGCACAAAGUAAUUAGUACGUAUUUUCAAUUAGUUAAUUAAUUUAUAAUUCUGAAG